CGUGUGACGUAAAACGUGCAUCAAACUUUUAGUGUGUAACGAGUGGCUACGAGGUCGUAUCAUCUAAAAAAAAGAUUAAUUCUAUUACGUUAAUAAAUUUCUAAGAUCAUUCAAGUUACGAAUUUCAAGUAAUGUGCAUUAUACGUAAACAGGUAACUUAAUUAAUAACAGAAAAUGUCACAUACUACUCAGGAUAGAGAAGAAAAAUAUUGUGAUUCCGUGGUUGAAUCAACACAAGUGAAAAAAGCCAUGAAAAGGAGUGCUGAUGAUCAUAAUGACGACAACAAUGAAUCCCCUCGCCAAAAACCUGCUACCGAAGAACAUAGCUCUGUAGUUGCAGCCCACUAUAACCAUCUGGAAGAAAAAGGCUUGAGAGAACGAUUUAAUUCUCCCAUAUAUUACCUCCGUAAUUUUAAUAAUUGGGUUAAAAGUGUACUAAUCCAGGAGUACACCGACAAAAUUAGAGAGAAAGACUAUGGCAGAUCAUUGAGAGUGCUAGAUAUAUGCUGUGGAAAGGGUGGUGAUCUAAGUAAGUGGCAAAAAGCCAGAGUAGAACAUGUGGUAUUUGCUGAUAUAGCCGAGGUAUCAGUUCAACAAUGUCAAACAAGAUAUGACGAACUGCGAGCACGGACAAGGGGUGGUCGGCUGUAUUCAGCUGAAUUCAUUGCAGCCGAUUGUUCUAAGGCCACAUUAAGAGACAAAUACAGAGAUCCUUCUAUCAGUUUUGAUAUUGUGAGUUGCCAAUUUGGACUGCACUAUAGUUUUGAAAGCUUACCUCAAGCAAGGAGAAUGCUCACUAACAUUUCAGAGUGUUUAAAACCAGGUGGUUACUUUUUUGGGACUAUCCCUGAUGCCUAUGAAAUUGUGUCCCGAAGUAAAAAAUCUGAUGGCUCAUUUGGAAAUAGAAUUUAUAAUAUUAAAUUGCUUUUUGAUGUUGAGAAAGGCUAUCCCCUUUUUGGGGGAAAGUAUGAUUUUCAUUUAGAGGGAGUUGUGGACUGCCCAGAGUUUUUAGUGAAUUUCAAACUAUUUACUAAACUCGCUUCGGAUUAUGGUUUAGAACUAAUAUAUAAAGCAAGAUUUGCUGAUUUCUUUAAAGAUCAUUCUGAGAAAUACAGGCACCUGUUACAAAAAAUUGUGUGCUUUGAAAGUUAUCCUCCACCUCCAGGAAAAGAACUGAUUGCUGAUGAAAAAGAAUAUGAACAUGCUAAGCAAUACUGGGAAAGCAAAGAAAACAAGACUGAACGCGACAGAAUUGGCACUAUGAGUACAAGUGAAUGGGAAGUAGCCACGGUGUACAUGGCAUUUGCAUUUAGAAAACUGAAGAGUACUUGGGAUUCAAACGGAAAACCUGUAUAUUCGAAGCCAAGAGAAGAAAGCCAAACAACAAAUAAAAACUAGUUAUUAGCAUUUAGGUAGGUUCAAUAUUAAUGACAAUUUUGUCAGUAAGUAGCACCUUGACAUUUUUGUUAAAUAAGUAUAUUUUGUUUUUCGUGCUCUGGAAGAACUACCAAAUAUGAAGGUAAAGAUGAAUGCUAGGAUGAAUUCUGAAGAAUAAAUUAUAAAAGGUUUAUUGGAAAAUAUUAGUAAAUUCGAAUAGUAGAAAAUAUACUAGAAUAUACUAUAAUAAAAAGAUAAUUUGUUAAACAACUGAGGAUUUUAGUGCCUAUACAUACUAACUAGUAUAAUUCAUAUAAAAAGUGACGACUCACAACAUCAAUUUUAAAAUAAAUCCACAACAAAAAGGCUAUAAGCUCGAAAGCUUAAACCAUGUGAUGAAUUCACAUUGAUUUAUUUACUACUUUCAUACAAUGUAUUUUCAGAUAUAGUAUCAUAAUACUGUUAUGGUAUUUUAAUAGCCUUUGCUAAUCAAUUCAAUAUUAAUGACUACUAUUUUAUAUUAAACAUAAUGAUGUACCUAUCUAGGUAUCUUACUCAAUAAAAUAUCGUUAAUAAAAUUACGUGUUUCUGUAAUUAUUGCUGUAAUGGCUUAUUUCACGCAUCUUCCUUGACCGCUCGCCAGCAUGUCGCGGAUUACCCCAUUAUCCUGUAAAUAAGUACAC